GUAACAGCAACGGGGGCAGAGGCACCUGUGCGAGGUCUUGCCGGGACGCCUGACGUGAUAGACAUCGGUCUGCAUCAGUCCUGCGACGGUCUUGCGAAUUUCACAGGUUCCAAUGACUCGCCGCUUUUCGUGUAUGCCGACAGCUUCAGUGACUGGUUGAACGGCACCUCGUACCAGUGGACCGUGGCUGCUGCAGCGUUACUGGUUGGGCUCUGCCUCACCUGGGACGGCCCCCGAAUGUGGAAGCUCCUCUUCACAGGGGCUGUGUCUGCACUGGCUGCAGGCGCUGCCUGCUACGAGGCGAAUGUCCAGGAGAUAGGUUUCUUCUCCACCAGCAUCCUGAUGGCCCAGGCAGCAGGAACGCUGGGCUUGGCCACUUUGUGGGGCUUCGAGGGGAGCCAGGUGCUGCUGGGAGCAUGCAGUGGUUUUGCUGCAGCCUUCGGCAUGGGAGCUUGGACCAAGCCCCUCGACGCACAACUGCCUGGGCUUUCGAUCUGUUGGUACAUCGUGGGUGCCGUGUUUGGAGUCCUGGUCUUCACGACAUGGAGACGUCCCAUGCUGGCAUGCCUGGCUCCCAUGCUUGGUGGUCUUCUUACGGCCUCCGGCGUGGGCGUUCUCGUGUGCGAAGCCGGGCUGCGGACACCUUUCCUGCCACGCGGCCAUGAGUCAUGGUCCACGGCCGCAGCAGCCCUGCUUGGGCUCAGUGGCACGUCUUCCCUGGCACUGUAUGGCGCUUCUGUUUUCGUUGCAGCAGCUGUAAACGAGUUCGAUGACUCACGGCGCCCGAUGGCCGUUGCCUUGCUGGCGGCCCCCAUUGUUCUCACGGCCUUGGCCCACCUCGCAUGCAAGUCGAGCAGUGACAGCUCCAGCUGCCCGGAGUGGGCCGUUCCUGGUGAAGGAUGGAAGUGGCCCGCUGCCGGUUGCCUGGUCUGGGCUGCUGUCACCGCUUUCACCGCCUGGGUGCAGUUGGACAUGCUGGAGCAGGAGUCGGAAGAGGAGGACGUCUGGCAUGAAUAUCCGUGGCCUCUGGGUGGCCGCAAGAGGAGAAGCUGGCGGAUGGAGGAAGGUGAUGAUUGGCAUCACUGA